AUGAUCUUUGGUGAAGAGCGGACUCUUUCGGGUUCCUUCGCGGCCCUCCCUGCCUUCACCCCGCGGCCCUGUCCCUGCCGCGUGGGCACAGCCGGUGGGCCCAUCCCCCUGAGCUCUCCUCCCGGGACGGCCCUGAGCCGUGUGUCUGUGGUGAAAUGGGAGACCUCCCGUCACAUGGUCAACUUCGUCGUGUGCCAGCUCUUCGCCUUGCUCGCAGCCGUUUGGUUUCGAACGUACCUUCAUUCAAGCAAAACCAGCUCUUUCAUAAGACAUGUCGUGGCUACGCUCUUGGGCCUUUAUCUUGCGGUUUUUUGCUUUGGAUGGUACGCCUUACAUUUCCUCGUCCAAAGUGGAGUUUCCUACUGCAUCAUGAUCAUAAUCGGAAUGGAGCACAUGCACAAAUAUUGUUUUGUGUUUGCUUUGGGAUACCUCAUAGUGUGCCAAAUUACUAGAGUCUAUAUCUUUGAUUAUGGACAAUAUUCUGCUGAUUUUUCAGGCCCGAUGAUGAUAAUGACCCAGAAGAUCACGAGCUUGGCCUAUGAAAUUCAUGACGGGAUGUUCCGGAAGGACGAGGACCUGACUCCGUCACAGAGAGACUUGGCUGUAAGGCGCAUGCCCAGCCUCCUGGAGUAUCUGAGUUACAACUGCAACUUCAUGGGCAUCCUGGCCGGGCCCCUCUGCUCCUACAAGGACUACAUCACCUUCAUCGAAGGCAGGUCAUACCACGUGCCGCGGUCGGGCGAGGAUGGCCGAAAAGCGCCGCCCUGCGGAGGAGCCGAGCCGUCCCCAAAUGUGAGAGCCGGGGGGUCCACCAGCUUCAAGAUGUUUCUCGAUAACUGGAACAUCCAGACGGCGCUGUGGCUCAAAAGGGUGUGUUACGAACGGACCACCUGGAGCCCCACCGUCCAGACGUUCGUGCUCUCCGCCAUCUGGCACGGGGUGUACCCCGGCUACUACCUGACCUUCCUGACCGGGGUGCUGAUGACGCUGGCAGCGCGAGCCAUGAGGAGUAACUUCCGACAUUACUUCCUCAAGUCCCCGCAGCUGAAACUGCUGUACGACGUCGUCACCUGGGGGGCCACCCAGGUGGCCGUGAGUUACACGGUGGUGCCCUUCGUGCUGCUCUCCGUCAAGCCGUCCUUCGCGUUCUACAGCUCCUGGAGUUACUGCCUUCACAUCGCCGGCCUCUUAGUAUUGUUGUUCUUACCCGUGAAAAAGACCCAGAGAGGACAGGACCCACACGAACACAGGCGGCUGUCGCGAUCCAAAAAGUCUGACGAAAAUUCUUGGGGACAGAAUAGUUUUCCCACAACAACAAACAAUGUGUGCAAUCAGGGUCCAGCAGGAGCCGCCAGACACCCAUCGGGAACGGAGUGACGGGAACCCGGGGGCUGUGUUCUGUAUGUUAACAGCCACCGAUCUUAGCACCUUCUCCAGGGGGUGGGGUUCGUUGGAAAAGAGAGUAAGUUGGGGGUGUGGGGGGGCGGGGGGGAGAAUCGGACAGUUGCUGAUAGGGAAGUCCCUGUGUACUCGAUGGGAAACGGAGUGAUACUCCCCCUCCCUUGCCAUGUUCCCGUGGGCCACGCCUUACAGAAGGUAUGUCCAUGGUCUCUGUGGACACUCAGGACCUCGGCGUCUGGCCGCAGGGUCCCCCGGGUGCCCUGUUGCUGAAUGUACGCUGUGCGCCCCGAGGCCGCGGCGAGGUGGGGACAUAACGGUGUCCGUCUGGCCGAUGGAGGGAAAUUAGCUUUUCCAAAUGAAUGUCUUGCCUUAAACCCUCUCUUCCCUCAAAUGUCGUUCCUAAAUGGUCUUUUCAACUGUAACAUUGUGAGAACUCGAUUUCAAUAUUCGAUGUGAAAUGAGCUGUGAAGGAAUUCUGGGGAAAUUGGAAACAGGAUAUUUAAGAUUGUGGAUAUUUUAAAAAUGCAAUAAACGCCUCAGUAUUUGAAGGGUU